ACCUGCUCUCCGAUAUGUGGGACAGUUCCUAGCUCAUGUUAACACGAGACAUUGGUGUGAACCAAUGUUCCCUCUAAUCCUUUUCAUCCAUGUGCAGAAUACAUUUUUAUGUGCACUGAGGCAUGUGAAAUGUGCAUGAUCAAUAGAAACACAAAACCUACCAGUGGGAGCUCUGCCAGUCAGCUGGGCAGCAUUUUAAUAUCUCCUGAGCGGCCGUGAAAGCUCACAGCUUACAGGAAACGCUGAAUUGAACCCCAUUCUGCAAGAAACGGUGGCUUCAUCUCACGGCCCAACAGUAUUGGCAAACACCUUGCCUUGGAGAAUCAAAUGGUAUUUUGACCGGUGAUUAAAAUACUCUUUUAACUGGCAUCAGAACAAAAAGGCAGGCAAUUUGGGCCUAGCUGGUCCAUUGUUAAUAGGCUAGAGACCUUUUUCACUCUUGGUGGUGUAAAUCUGAGGCAAUAGCAUGCACAUGAACAGUGUUACACCAGAAUAAAAUCAAUCGAAGAAGAGUGGGUCCCGUCGUUGCUUUUUACACAGACCUGUGCAAGUAAAGAGGACAAAUAUGUUUACAUUGAGGGGGGGGGAUAGUUGUGAUGAGUUUCGUUCCUCCUAAAUGAGUCUCCUUCAUUUUGCAUUGGACAGCAUCUCUCUCUGAUGAAGACUUUUGCUGUGUUUCAUGCCAGGGCCAGAUCUCUAAGGGGUGUCAAUCCACUAAGAUCCACUGACAUCCUGUCUUAGCAGCUGACUGUCAAGCAAAGUGUCUCACUGAACAAUCUGUACCAUUGUCUUUUGCGCUCAUACCUGGAUGCCUUACACCAGGCAGAACAGCCAAGUGACAGCUUCCACGUGAGUGGAAAGCUUCCACAUUUGAACAGUCUCAGCCUCACAGCUCUGGUGCUGCUUGUGCAUUUCAACGUCCCCUUCAUUCCUGAAGUGUCUCAUCUGAUGUUGUUUUUUCAGCAUGAAGAUUGUUUGCUAUUGAAAUAGCGAAGUGCAGCUAUCACCUUGAUUUUCCAAAGUGGUGCUUGGUUUCUGAUCAGAUCUGCACCAACAUCAACAGCGGCAGAUAGAGCCAAUUGUCAGGACUGACUGGUAACGUCAGCAUAGCUUGAGACCCUCCCUCCAACUCAGAUUAAAGAGAGAAGAGACUGAACAGCGGAAGGCAGCAAAGUGCUGGAGAACACAACAAGCUCCCCCCGGCUUUUGCAGGGCUUUAGGAAGCGACCGGGUUGCCUGCAGUGGCCAGAUUCCCACUGGAUUGGGCUGGAAAGCAGAAUCCCCAUUCACUGGAGGUAAAAAGAUUGUGGAAGCCCCUUGACCCAGAGGAACAGACGCACUAAACACUAAAGUCUUCCCACUGGCCGGGGCAGAAAAGCAAGUGGCAGCAGUGUAAGUAACGGCAGCAGACUUCCUGUGAAUCCCCCGCUCGUAAAUCGUUUGCGGGGCACAAAGCUUGCCUGGGUUGGCUUCCCUCCCACCCAAGAGGGAUCUUUGCUCCAGCUGAUUCAUCCUGAACAGCCAGACCACUUGAGCACCGCCCAGCAACCACACAGACUGAGGUGCGCAAGACUGAAGAGCUUUUGUGGGUUUUUUAUUUCCCUUGCUUGCUUGGUGUGAGGAAGCCCCAGUUUUACCAGCAGGGCUUCUUUUAAUGGCGUUUUGUCCCCCCCCCACGGCUGAGCUAAACAUUUCAAAUUUUACAAGGUGACUAGACACGCAGGUUCCCGCCUUCCUUCAGAAAGUCCCUGCUCUCCCGAUGAACUGUGAACCUCGCUCCACCAGCAGCAAGGAGCUCUCCCUGCCAAGCUCUGCAAUGAAACCAGAACGCCGUUCCUGAUCCGAGGAAGCAGGCAUGGGAAAUCACUCCCGGGAAAGCAAUCUGACCAGCCCCUGCAAUGAUACGAAUGACUGCAGGGAUUUGGACAAUGGCACGAGGUCCAACUUCACCUUUCCUGACCAGUCUACUGAUUUUUAUGUUGUCCUCCCCAUCAUUUACUCUGUGAUCUGUGCAGUGGGGCUCACGGGCAACACCGCCGUCAUCUACGUGAUCCUCAAGGCCCCGAAGAUGAAGACUGUCACCAAUAUGUUCAUUCUGAACCUGGCGAUAGCCGAUGACUUGUUCACUUUGGUCCUGCCCAUUAACAUUGCUGAGCACCUUUUGCACUACUGGCCCUUUGGAGAAAUCCUCUGCAAGAUCAUCCUGUCCAUAGACCACUACAACAUCUUCUCCAGCAUCUAUUUCCUCACGGUGAUGAGCAUAGACAGGUACCUGGUGGUCUUGGCCACCGUCCAAUCCAAAAGGAUGCCCCAUCGCACCUACCGCGCAGCACGAAUUGUCAGCCUAUGCAUCUGGGCCUUGGUUACCAUCAUCAUUCUCCCUUUCUUCAUCUUUGCCAACGUCUAUGUAGAUAACCUACAGAUCAAGAGCUGUGGUCUAAACUUCCCCAAACCCGAGAAGUUUUGGUUCAAAGCCAGCAGGAUCUACACCCUUAUUCUUGGCUUUGCCAUUCCCGUGUCCACCAUCUGCAUUCUGUACACCAUGAUGCUGUACAAACUGAGGAAUAUGCACUUGAAUUCAAACGCGAAAGCCCUGGACAAAGCCAAGAAAAAGGUCACCAUCAUGGUCUUCAUCGUCCUGGCCGUGUGUCUCUUCUGCUGGACCCCCUUCCACCUGUCCACCAUCGUGGCUUUGACCACUGACUUAACUCAAACCUCCCUGGUCAUUGGGAUCGCCUACUUCAUCACCAGUUUGAGCUAUGCCAAUUCAUGCUUGAAUCCUUUCUUGUACGCUUUCCUGGAUGACAGUUUCCGGAAAAGUUUUAGAAAGAUGCUGGAAUGCAGAGCAGCUUAAAAGAUGGGCCGUGCCACUCUGUUCCCUUCCCUCUCGUGGCUUUGCAGGGGCGACCUCGCAAACUUUUCCGUGUCUGGCUGAAAAAUAGACAAGCUAUACGUCUUGUUUCGUUAGGCUUUUUGUUGAAUGACUAUGUAUGUCUGUGCUGUUUCUUUUGCAUUUUCAUAACUAAUAAUAAAGUUUCAUGUUCUUUGUAUGACUUUCACAAUCAAAGUGGGGGGAGGUUGUUGUCUUGUUUAGGGGGCACAUUCUGAAAUACUGAAGGCAACCUUUUUAGAAAAUGUACUCUUGCCAUCUCAUGGUCUUGUGUUGCCACCUGCUGUACAAUUGCAGAAGAACUGGGUCGCUCAAAGGGCUGAAGCUAUCAUGCUAAAAAGAUCAGCCUUUUAAAGGUGUGCUUAGCUUUUUGUUAUUAAUCUACCUGCUGUAGGCCAAAUUGUUAUAAUGCUGUAGGAGGAGUUGCCAGAUACAUUUCCACAUUAUAAAAAUGGACUUUAAUGAUGAGAUAAAAUGGUGCAUUUGAAGAAACCUGCAUCCCUCUGUGUGUGUGUGUGUGUGUGUGUGUGUGUGUGUGUGUGUGUGUGUGUGUGUGUGUGUGUGUUGGACAUAAUUUGAUUUCAGAGGAGAGUCUGUUUUCCCCUAAGAUUUCGCCUUACCUCAUCUGCUCACGUGAAACAAAGUAAAAAGAAGUGUCUGAAAGUUGCAAUAUCUGAACUAAACAAUAUACAAAUAUUGUGGUGAUAAUUUGUGUAGUAGCAAUGUCAAGAAGUUUCUUUUCUUUUUUAAUGUUUAGAAAGAUAAUCUACGUUCAAGUGUGUGAUGAAAUAAAUGACCUUGAAAAAGUGUCUGGUCUUUCUACUAGAAGCAACAUUUUUUAGGAAACAUGGUUA